AUGUCACGGUCCCAGUUCAAAAACCUCCCUGUGACUGUUAGACACGAUGUAUAUCCGGCAAUUUCUCCAGAGUCUUACUUCUCUGGCUCCUCAUUCCGCGACAAAGUCGUCCUCGUCGUCGGGGCAUCCAAAGGCAUAGGCCUAUCCAUCUCCACCUUUUACGCUCGUGCAGGAGCAAAACUUGCAAUUGUUUCCAGAUCACAGAAGGCCCUGGAUGUGGCCAAGUCCCAAAUCCACCUUGAAGUAGGCUCUUCAGCGAAACCUGAGGUGUUUUCUGCGGUAGCAGAUGUCACCGACACCAACGCUAUAGCCGAAGUCGUACGGAAGGUGGUGGAUAAGUACGGUCGACUGGACAUCGUCGUUGCGAAUGCCGGGACAAGCAGUCCUUGGGAUAAGCCUUUUGUGAAGACCGAUCCAGAUGUCGAUUGGUGGAAAACUGUGGAAGUGAAUCUACGAGGCGUAUACAAUGUUGCCCACUACUCUCUUCCGCACCUGGAAAAAACCAAUGGCGCUUUUGUAGCCGUCUCCUCGAUGGCAGCACAAAUCAACCUGCCGUUUGCCAGUGCUUAUGUUGUAUCAAAAGCUGCAUUGAACAGGUUCAUUGAGUAUGUCUCCAUUGAGCAUCCUGGGGUUAAGUCUUUCAGUGUGCAUCCCGGUUCAAUCCAAACCGAGAUGGCGUUGGCAGUUUUGUCGAACUGGGAAUCUGUCCCAGUGGAUACGCUCCAACUACCUGCUGCCACGAUCUUGAAAUUGACGGAUGGAAGUGGAAGAUUUGACUGGCUUUCAGGAAAGUUCGUUUCAGCUAAUUGGGAUCUGGAAGAAGUGGAGCGAGAUUGGAAGGAGAAGAUUGUUAACGAAAGUCUGCUUGUCACCAGAAUUGUUGUUGACUAAGUGCUAUGCAUGUAGUUUAUCGCGCAUACCUAUCGCAGUACUGUGACAGUGUUAGAUUGGAAAAGAAAGGCGUGAAGGCAAAAAUGGCUAUCGCAUCUGGAUUGAAAACGGUAUAGAGGUAAAGAUAGGGUUUUUUUAGAAAUC